GGGAGGGAUCUUUGACCUUUGCCACCUGUUGCGGUUUUGCGGAAAAAUAAUUUCUAAAAGGAUGUUUUGAGAUUCCAUACCGAUGGCCAUGCAGGACAUACGCCUUCGCCUGGAACCGCAGCUCAGUACAGCCACGUUUAUAGCCUCCCUGUCCAGCUCCUCCACCUCCACAUGCUCGUCCUCGCAAACCGCUGAGACCACCCUAAUUGAAACAGCCGAGAAGUCUCCAUCCAGCGAAGCAACUGCCGGGGCAGGGACAGCUUCAUCGCCGCAACACUAUUUCCAUCACCAUCAUCCGCAGCCACAGCCCCGCCUAAAUCCGCAUCCGCAUUCGCAUCCGCAUCCGCACCUGCAACAGCAUACGCAUCAGCAUCCGCACCACCAACGGCGUCCGGUGGAACAGCUUCAGCUGCUUCACAGUCACCACGAUGUUCCGGAUUUGUCCGGACAGGAGGACGCCCCAUCGCAUUCCCAUCCGCAUCCGAAUCCGCACCAGCUGCGCUCGCCCAGCUCCGAGGAGGAUAAUUCGCCCACUGAAAUGAAUAAUUGCCGUCGUUUGGUUGAUAAACCGCCACUGGUAAAACGCCUCACCAUGGGCAUUGGCCUGCUCCGUGGCACCGAGGACAGCCGCCCCCUGGUGCACAGCACCUGCGGCUCCUCGCUGGCCUCCGCAUCCGGUUCCAUUUCGGACGGCUAUGUGAACGAGGCCAUCUGCGAGCCGGACAAGUAUGUGGCCAGCAAUUUUGGUGAUUCGUGUCGCCAGUCGCUCUCCGCCCUGGAAAGUGCCACCCAGCGGCUGCAAGUGGAGCUGCCCGCCAGCAACAAGAAGUAUCUGAGGGAGACCUGCAGUGCCAACUCCAGUCCAAAGCUUCAGUUCCCCGGACACACUGCCCUCCGACUGGAUAAUCUCAGUUUGGCAGAGCAACAGGAACUGAAAGGAGCAGCCUGGUUUCAGGCUGGGAUUCCCCGUGAGAUAUCCCUGGAGGUACUUUCCCGCCAAAAUCCUGGUGCUUUUCUGGUGCGCCAGAGCAGCACCAAACCGGGAUGCUUUGCUUUGUCGCUUCGAGUGCCGCCACCAUCGCCUCGGGUGGCCCACUAUCUGAUCCUCAGGACACAAAGGGGCUAUAAGAUUAAGGGUUUCACCAAGGAAUUCUCCAGCCUGAAGGCCCUGAUCACACACCAUUCGGUUAUGCCGGAGCUUCUGCCCGUCCCGCUGACACUACCACGCCCCCCAAAUGCCAGAUCCCAAAGACCCGCCUACGGAGCUGGGAGCAGCAAUGGAGGCGGGGACUUUGAGAUGUACGGCUCGCUGAACGAUUUUCGCAAAAUGAUGGCCGAUUUGAAUGUGUGACCACUGGGCGCACUUAAUUAAUUAAGUAAUUAUGUCACGUUGAUUGAAUUAAGCUGCCCAACCGGCUUGUCACAUUGUCCGGGUCGAGACAGGAUAACAAUCUGUUUAAUUUGCGUAAUUGGCUGUGCUGAUGACGACGGUUGACGGUGGCUACCAAUGAAUAGGGUCCAUGUCCAGGUCCAACCGAUCCUCCUCCUGCUACUGCUACUGCUGUUGCAGCCCACCUGUCCGUCAGUG